AUGGGCUUAACUCAUAUCGCAACAACCUCCAUCGAAGUAUCAUAUGAGGCUACAAAAAGCAUCUGUUCUCUCGCAUCAGCAACUUACCCACUAAAAAGUCAAAUAAAGAUAGUACCUGAGAAGUUGGUCGAAGGAAAAACCGUCGUGGAAAUUUUGACUAUGGGCUUUACACAAGCCACCGUACAGAUGAAAUCUUCACUAUCACGCAAACAUAAAGCUAAUGAAAUAGACGAUGAGUACGAUAUGGAUAAAGUAUGA